AUGGUGGCCUCAAGAAACGGGUCGCUUGCAGGCUCACUCCUGCUUGCGGCGGCCAAUCUUCUAAUACCGCUGUCUAUUCUCGUUUUCGCCACUGGAUUUUUCCCGUAUAAACCUUUUCUUCCUGGUCUGGCGGAAUUCGAGCCUCUCGAGUACGGACCUCCGCCCAAGGCGCCUUUUGAUAGACUCGUAUUUAUGGUGGUUGAUGCGCUGCGGAGCCUCAUUCGAGAUGGCAGUGCCAUUCCCUUUACAGCAAAUGCUCGAUCACCAACCGUGACGAUGCCUAGAAUCAAGGCCAUCACAACUGGAUCGAUUCCUUCUUUUGUUGACCUUAUUCUCAAUUUUGAUGAAGCUGACACCUCUUCGACAUUGGCUGCCCAAGACACAUGGCUGUCCCAGCUCAAGGCCAAAGACACGGGCAAGCUUCUCAUGUAUGGCGAUGAUACGUGGCUCAAACUGUUUCCCGAAACGUUUGAUCGUCAUGACGGAACCUCUAGCUUUUUUGUCGCUGACUUUACAGAGGUGGACAAUAACGUGACGAGACACAUCAAUGAUGAGCUCGAGAAGGACGAUUGGAGCUUGAUGGUUCUACACUACCUUGGCCUGGAUCACAUUGGCCACAAGUCGGGACCAAGAAGCACGCACAUGCCUGGUAAGCAGCGUGAGAUGGAUGGCAUCAUCCACCAGCUGUUUAAGGCCCUCGAAACCAAGAGCCACCUACAGUCGACGCUGCUUGUUGUUUGCGGUGAUCACGGUAUGAACGAUGCAGGCAAUCACGGAGCAUCAUCUCCUGGAGAAACAUCGCCCGCCCUGGUCUUCAUGGCGCCCAAACUCAAGGAAAUAUCGUCCAGAUAUCCAGCCCCCGCGCAGCCCAAAAACGAGUACGACUACUAUUCCAUGGUUGAGCAAUCCGACAUCUCGCCGACUCUUGCCGCGCUAUUAGGGUUCCCCAUCUCAAAGAACAACCUUGGGGCGUUUAUCCCGGAAUUCUUGCCGUUUUGGCCGAACUCGAGAGACAAGGUACAGAUUCUCAUUCGCAAUGCAAGACAGAUCCUUAAUAUUGUCACUGCGGCGUUUGGAGGCGACCUCUUUGAUGCUCAGGCGCCUGUUGACCCUUGCGCCUCCACAUCUACAGAUGUUGAUGAAUUAGCCUGCGAGUGGCGCAAGAUCAAUUCGGAAGCGGCUUCUCAGGCUAAUGCGAAAGAGAUCGACCAGGCGUGGCUCUUAGCUACGUCUGCUUGGAUUCGCAAGGCCCAAGACCUGAUGAGCAGUAUGGCGUCCAACUAUGACCUGUCGAGAUUGUCUCUCGGUCAGGCACUGUCGGUUGCUGCCGUGAUUGCUAGUGUUGCAAGUUUGGGCCUACAAGGCUUCUGCCAGGCGGGAUUUUUGUUGCCACUGUUCCUGCUUGCGGCGUCUUAUGGUCCUAUGAUGUUUGCUAGUAGCUAUGUGGAAGAAGAACAUCACUUCUGGUACUGGACAUCCACUAUAUGGCUGGCUUAUCUCGGUGUUAAGGAGGUUCAAAGAUCUUCACGGCUCUCUUCGAUCUCAAGCCAUGUAGUGGCUUUGGCUGCCCUGAGACUCAUCCGAAGCUGGAACCAAACGGGCCAGAAGUUCGCUGGUGAACCAGACACUGUCAAGACAUUCCUCAUUCCUAACCCUGAAAUUCUUUGGGCGCUCAUCACCUUGGUAUACGUCAUGGUGACUUUCCAGACUCUUCAGAGCGUAUCUGGCCUGCCCUAUAUCCUGGCUACUUCUUUGAUGCCGGCUGUCUUCUUGUCAACGUUUACUUUUAAGCUCGCUUUUACUGCUGAGGAUGCGCCUGAAUUGGUGGUGGGAUUUGCUCGCGACCUCUUGGACAUCUUCCAAGGCCCAUCUCUUAUUUUUAGAGCAAGGAUCAUCUUCGGACUGCUCGCAGUGUUGUACGGCUUCGCUAUAUAUCGGGCAAAGACCGGAGGGCCUCGAGCCUCCCAGUCGUCUGUCGAACUGGUCCACCAUCUAUGCACCCUCCUUGCAAUGACCCAAUCCCGCGCCACAAACAUCCCCCUAUUCCUCCUCUCCAGCAUCAUCCUCCAAACUCUCCAAUCAACCAAACUCUCCAUCGCCGAAAUCACAGCAACGUCCAUCGUCCUCCAGUACACAACCUUCUUCGCCUUUGGCGGCUCCAACGCAAUCUCCUCCGUCGACCUCUCCAGCGCCUACAACGGCAUCAGCGGCUUCAACGUCAUCGCCGUCGGCGCACUCACCCUCGUCAGCAACUGGGCGGGUCCCAUCUUCUGGACGUCGGCGACGAAUCUGCUUCUUCUGCAGAAAUACAGACAGGGACGCACGGAUGCGUUCAAGAAUCAUCUGAUUCUGAUGACGAUUUUUGUGUCGAUGAGUGUGGCGUUUGUGAUUGCGGCGUGUACGGCGCUGAGAACGCAUUUGUUCAUUUGGACUGUGUUUUCGCCAAAGUAUUUGUAUUGCAUGGCGUGGAGCCUGGGGCAGCAUUUGUUGAUUAAUGUUGGCUUUGGAAGCUUUUUGUUCUGGGUGGGCAUUUGA